ACUGCAGAGGGGUUGAGCCUCUAAAUUGGACUGUGGCAGGAUUGCAGUGAACUGGACUGUUGAGAGCAAGGGAGCAUCCAGGCUGUCGUCUGUGAGGGGUGGGGUCCGGCUACAUUGACACUUCCACCACACACACACACACACGAACACACUCACACUGAUAGAGAAGCACAAAACGGGAGACGAGGGGGGGAAAUUACGCCUGAAGAGGAAUAUCGUACGGAAUGAAAGGAGACACCCCAGUGAAUAGCACCAUGAGUGUGGGCCAAGCCAGGAAGCUGGUUGAGCAACUGAAGAUCGAGGCUAGUUUCUGCAGGAUAAAGGUGUCCAAAGCGGCCGCUGACCUGAUGGCGUACUGCGACGCCCACGCUUGCGACGACCCUCUGAUCACACCCGUGCCCACUUCGGAGAACCCUUUCAGGGAGAAGAAGUUCUUUUGCGCUCUGCUUUGAGCUCAAUCAGGGAUUGUUGAUAGCGUUCCGAGAAAAAGCAAAGUACAAAUGAAGAGUAUGUUCAGCGUGCAUGUGUGCAACCACUACACUUGCAGAUGGUGCCCGUGUACAGCCCAAUACGAAAGCAACGAGAUUGAUUAUGAGUCAGAGCCAUCAGCAAAAAUUGCCAGGUCAUAAGGAAAAUAAACAUAACAUAAAACACUAACAGGCAUCUAUAAAAAAAAAAAAUCAUUUUUAAAUAUGCCAAUCUCACAUUGGAUUAAUAAUAACUCAGAGGAUACAUUCGAGUGGAACCAUUAUGAAUGUUUAUUAUGAGAUGAUAGACCGACAUUACACUUUAAAUAAUGGCUGUAUUCUUUAAAGCCAUUGGUGAACUGGAAUCAUGUCCACCUAAGAUUUAGAUCAUACGUGUGUGUCUGUGUGCUGGUAUAGUGCAAAGGUAAACUAAAGUGUAUAUAGACACACCACUUCAUUAGCUAAACCCACACAAAUUGAACCAUACCCUUCAUUUAACAUUCUAAACCAUCAUAUGCCUGAAUUUUGUUAUCAAAGCCAAUGUUUCCCUUGGUUUCUGAUUUUGUUUAUUUAAUUUAUUAUUGGGAUCACGAAUAAGCCGUUUGGAAUAUUUUUUGUGUAGGUGUACCUAAUAAAAUGGAUCAUGAGGGUAAAUAUUUAUUCUACAAAAAGAAAAUAGUAUAGAAGUUACAAUAAAGGUGCUGCCUAUCAUCCCCAUCUUUCCCAAGAAAACAUCAACUGACUUUUUAGAGUUUUAUUUUGAAGGCAAGAAUCAUAAGUCUUGCCUUUUACUAUUUUCUGCCAUCAUGAUUUUUGGAAUCCUUGCUGGAUUAUUUUCAACAUUUUGUAUGACGUUGACAGGAUAAUUAGGCAGGAGAAUCAUCACCAAAGAACAUUAAGCACUGAAAUAAAACCUGUGAUGAAACGGCA